UCGAAGUACUUGAGUAACUUGAAAUCUUCUUAGACCAAACGAGAAGAAGUAAGGAACAAGAGACAUCCAAUUUCAGCCCCCUGGUGUGUAAUAACCGAGGAAUGUCAAAAUGGGGAAAAUGCAGCAUAUAGUUGCUUACAUUACUGGGGGCGCAAAUGGCAUCGGCAAGGCCAUUGCUGAGAAAAUUUUUAGCCAAGGUGGCAAGGUGGUGCUGGCUGAUAUAUCUUGCCAUGGAGCUGAAGUUGCCGAGAGCAUGGGCGAAAAAGCUUUAUUUUCGUGUACCGAUGUCAGAAUCGAGCAAGACAUAAUCGAUAGCAUGAGCUGCGUGAAAGAGAAAUUCGGUGGUGUGAAUGUGUUGAUUAAUUCCGCCGGUGUUGUUGGCUGUGAAUCAAUAUACGACUUCAAAACUAAAAAGCCACAUUCCACGGACUUGUACAAGUGCAUGUUCGACACCAACGUAUGGGGCGUAUUUAACGUGACUCGUUUAAUGGUCGGUAUGAUGGCGGAAAACAAACCCGAUGUAAAUCAGCAAAGAGGAAUCAUUAUAAAUCUCUCGAGCAUGGUGGCGUACGAAGCCCCCCCAAUUUUGGUCGCCUAUGGUGGUUCGAAAGCCGCGGUUUCUGGCAUGACGAUACCUUUGGCCAGGGGACUCGCAUCGAAAGGAAUACGCGUCGUCACCAUAUGCCCUGGUUACAUAGACAGCCCCAUGACAGCCCUGCAUACACCUGAGGAAAGAAAAACAGGGAUUUCCAUGAACCUUACACCUAAACGUUACGGAACCUGCGAGGAGGUUGCCCAUUUAAUCCAAACGUGUAUCGAGAAUCCAUUAAUAAACGGCGAAAAUAUACGUAUAGACAUGGGCCACCGAUACAGUCACGUAGAUGAUGCAAAGGAAGAUUCGAAGCCAUAGCCAGGACCUUCUGCCACCAGGAAACGGUUAGCAUAAUGUGCUUAGCAACCCCAGGAUCGCACCACGGUCACCCA